AUGUAUACAAAAGCUUUUCGUUUAAUUCAAAAUUAUUUAAAACCGGAUAAAAUAUAUGCUGACUUUGAAAGAGCCAUUCAUGUAGCGAUUUCCGAAGUAUGGCCUUCAGCUCAAUUAAAAGGUUGUCGGUUUCACUUGGGCCAAUCAUGGUGGAGGAAGAUACAACAGUUAGAGCUUUCAAAGGAAUUUAAAAAUAACGAUUCCGAAAUAGGCCAACCAUUAAAAUUGUUUUUUGGCUUAUCCUUAUUAUCGACCGAGGAAGUUAACGAUUCCUAUACUAAUGAGUUUAUAUCAUUAAAACCGAUUAAUGGAAAACUUGAAGAAUUCUUUGAUUGCAUACUUGAACAUUACAUUGAAAAAGAUAGCUCAUUUCCACCAACAAUGUGGGCUGAAUAUACCAGUAGUAUAGAACGAACAACUACUUGCUGUGAAUCAUUUCACAGCAAGUUCAACAGUUGCUUUUAUUCCGCACAUCCAAAAAUCUUUCAAUUCAUCGAUGUAUUAAAAGAAGUUCAAAUGGAAACAGACAGUAGUAUUUUAAUGUGUGGAGGUGUGUUGAAAUCAUUUUAUCAUACUGCUUCAAAACAUCGUGCUGCCGUGAAACAAUUAUUGAUCCGAGAAUAA